AUGGUACAUAAGAUAGAUAACCACAUGAAAUUGGCUAGGUAUAAUCUUAAACAAAAACGAAUUAAAAAUUUGAUAAAUAUCAUAAAUCAGUCAAAACACUCCAGCCAGUCGGAACUAUAUGAAAAAGAAAAGAAAUUAAUGUUUACAGGUAUCAAUAAUUUAAUGACUAAGCUCGUAAUCGAUAAAGAUCGUUUGAAUGAUUCUAGAAUUUACAGAUCCAUUUCUGAGGAAAAUGUGAUCUUCAAUGAUUUUAGUAAUCGCAUGAAAGCAGCUUAUGACAUUAUUAGUCAGCUAAAAGGUUUGAUACGAAUAGAAAAAUUAUUUUGGAUAGGAUCAAAAUACAAUACAAAAAAAAAUAAACAAAAAUUGAAUGAAUUUAAAAAGAAAAUAAAUUGGAUGAAUAAAUCAAUAGCUUUAGCUGUUAAAAGAUAUAAUGAAAUGAGAAUGUUUUUAAAUCUUCCAAAGGACAAUUUGUAUUCAGAAAUAAAAAAUCCAACGAAACCGUUUGAAUUAAAUUUUAUAUCUAAAAAAAAGAGAGAAGAAAUAGAAAAUCAAUUAAAAUUUAAAGAAACAGAACUCAUUUUAUAUGAUUUGAGAUCACCAACGGAAUUGUUAAACAAUAGAAUUGUAGAUCACGGGAUCACUCCAACUUAUCGGCUCCUUAGAAGAAAUACAUCGGGUCAACAAUUUAUUUACAAUUACUCGUGUUCAUUGUUUGGGAUGUAUGUUGAAGGAAGUGGUACUAGCAAGAAUGAAGCAAAGCUAAAUACAGCUGCUGAAAUGUUGCGUUCAAUUAUAAGAAAACAAAAAAAUCGAACUCUUUCACCGCAUAUCAGAGCUUUUAACGAUAAGGAAUUAAAAACUAUCAGUCCGUUAAUUAAGUUUAAAGCAAAUUAUGUGGAGGAAUUGAAUAAUGAAUGCGUUAAAAAUAAGCACCAACCACCAAUAUAUACACUUUUAUCAGAGCCCAAAAAAGAUUACAAACUGGCAGACCAUUAUUCAAUUCAAUGUAAUGCGAUGGACUUAGUUGCAAUAGGACACAGUAACAAACGAUCAGCGGCCAAGCAAAUGGCAGCACAAAAUGUUAUCAACUUAUGGAAAAAAUUUUAUCCUGCAAAAAGCAUACCCUUUAUGUAG